AUUCCUUUUCCUUCUAUUGUUUCCCAAAACAAAUGCUUCUUCGUAGCAUUACACUCUUCUCAAGAACCAUUUUCCCAUCCUCUACUGUCACUGCUACUGCCCCGAAACACAUCACAUUCUACAGAAUGUCGUCGUCAACUUCGCCUUCAUCAACACAGCAUAUACAUGAGCAAUCUGUUAAGGAAUCUCAUUCGCAAAACAACAGUAAUAAUGAAAAUCAGGAUGGCAACAAGACUGUACUAGCUCUACCUGCGCCAGGAAAGGCUGACAAUGGCGCUAACCAGUUGGAGGUCAAUGGCCAAGACCUCAAGCUGGAUAUUCUAGGGCCUGUUGUCGUUAAUGAAGACGGAACUAUGUCUAGGAUAGAUAACUGGCAUGAAAUGGCUGAAAUUGAAAAAGCGAACGUUCGCAGGAUUCUAUUGAAAAGAAAUGCUCAACGCCUGGAGCGUCUACGAGCAGAGCAGAAUAAGGAAGGAGAGAGUGUUCAAUAAGAUAGGAGACAAUCCAAUAAAUUAUUCUUUUUCAGGCCAC